AUCGUUAUAACGUGCAGUUCGUUCAUGUAUAUAUUUGUAAAUCUUAUCAUAAUUCACAUUGUUGUCCCAAAAACUGGUUCCUGAAUCGCUGCACUUAUGCUGCCUUGAGAUGAACAUAACGGUGGACGCGAUGAACAACUCAAACGAAACAGAUGACUGCUAUCCAUCUGCAAAUCCUGAAAAGAUGGUAUUCGUAGGCCUGCAACUGGCUGUGAUUCUGAUCGGCAUCCCAUCCAAUGUCUUCUUCUUGUUUGUGUCGUAUCGGCUCAUCCGUCAGAAGAACGAGCUGGGUGUCUAUCUGUUUAACCUGGCUCUCUCGGACCUGUUGUUUAUCACGUGUUUACCAGUGUGGGUUCAAUUCUGUCUGUACGAUGAGUGGUAUCACGGCAAGACGGUGUGUUUUGUAUGUGUUUUCCUGCUCUUUACAAACUUCUACACCAGCGCUAUGCUUCUGAGCUGCAUCGCGGUGGAUCGCUAUUUAGCCAUCGUCUACCCGCUCAAAUUUUGCACUUUUAGAAAGCGCAAGACUGCGGUCAGCAUGAGCAUUGCUGCAUGGAUUUUUACUCUUGUGUUUAAUGCAAUAACCGUGUAUCCAGACAUGAUCUACGACGAGGAGAACUUAAUCUGCUUGGAUUUAUUUCCUUUGCAUGAAAAGCAAAUAAUUGUCAAUACUGCUCGUUUUGUUGUAGGCUUCCUCGUUCCCGCAUUGGUUGUGGGUUUCUGUUAUUGCCGGAUAUGUUUGGAUGUGAAGAGAAACCAAACGCUUGGGUCAAUGGAGCGCCAGCAUGUCUUCCGGCUUCUUGGAUGCAUUUUGUUGACCCUUUAUUUUUGUUUUGGACCUGUGCACAUCAUGAUGGUUAUGAGGGUUUUGCUGGAGGAUUGUCCAUAUCCCAACUGGCUCUUCGUUGGAUAUAAGGUCUGCGUCUUUCUCUCGAUGCUCAACUGCCUGGCUGAUCCACUUCUGUACUGCUUUAUGAGCAGAACGGGUCAAGCCAGUGCUUUAAAUGUGUUACACAUCCUCAGGAGAACAUGGAAGAAAGAGUGUCAAAAAGAGAUGGAAAAUCUAAGACAAAGCAACCAAAUUCUUGGAACUGCAACCGUUCCAAUCACAGAAGCAACCUUUAGGACUGUAUUCAGCACUGAUAACUUGUGAUCAGAUCAUGCUGAUGUUUAUAAACUUCAACUAAGAAAUGAAGCCAUAAAACUUUACAAGCUGUCCAUUCAAACACAAACUGUCUGACUAAGCUCAUUUCUGUCGUGGCAACUCUCAGAAGGAUUGGCAUGGUAAUGUACAAUGUUAGUGUAUUUGGUUUUGGAAGAAUAGAUCUGCUACACUGCUGCAAUACAUCCACACCAUGCUGCUGUGAGCAUGUAAGAAAUAUUGCAUAACAAAUGAAUAACAUAUAUGAAAUGACCCCCAUAUGGAAAACAUGAUCACCUUGUAGCAGAACUAUACAGGUGGAGCUGGGGAAGGUGGAGGGUUUCUGAAGCAAGUUUCAAUGCUACAGCAAGCACUAGUCAUCUAUUUGAAUUUUCAGCAGUGAGCUCAUUGGCUAACAAUACAGAAGAGAACCAAUCAGCUGUGCCGUGUGAUGAUGUCAGAUGAGUUAGACCUAUCGGACUGCGCCAUCUAGAGUUUCGUGCCAGAACUCUGUAUUUGUCUAAAACGUCCAGGUUGUAAAAUGUUUAAAGAAACUAUUCCUUUAUUAAAACUCACUGAAAGAAAUGAUACAAUAUUUUUUUUUAAAUAAAGGACAUUUAAACACAAAGACUGAUCAUGCAUUGAGAGCAUGAACACUUACGAAAAGCCUUGGAUUUUGAGAAAUGAGAACAGUGUUUCAUCAGAAUUUCCUGUUGGUUUCAUCUAAUUUAGGCACCAGUUCGCACUUUCAUUUUCACACCCUCUUCUACCCUAAUAUUUUGCUCAAAAUAUUGUAAAUAUCUGAAGUGUAACAUUAAAUAUAUUUUGAGUGUUAUACCUUACACCAAGCUGUUUCCAACUUUGAUAGCAAGCUUGCCUUGCUUUUUCAAUAAUACUGUUUAUGACCAAAAACUACUGUUCAAAGGUUUGGGGUAUAUGCAAUAAUUAACAUUGUUACACGAUACGAGUGUGCAUGUGUGUGAAUAGAUACUUUUACAGUAGAUAUCACAGUUACAUAACUCCAUGUUGCAUGACAUAUGUUUCAUGGUUAGUGAAAAACGAAAAAUUUUAAAACACUUGAAUAAGACAAUAAAACACAUACAGAACAUUGGU